UGCCAUUGAAUCAAAUUCGCUCUGCUAUUUAAACCAAGUCGUGCAUUGCAGUUGCAAUGAAUUAGGAGGCAUCAGUAAAUUCUCCCUAAGGAAAGGAACCCAGCAGAAGAACAAGGAGCGAGCUAGCUUUUCCGGUUAUAGAGUGAAACGAAAAUGGUGAAGAUCUGUUGCAUUGGUGCUGGAUAUGUCGGGGGUCCUACGAUGGCAGUGAUUGCACUCAAGUGCCCCGCUGUUGAAGUUGUUGUUGUUGAUCUUAAUCAGAAACGGAUUGAUGCUUGGAACAGUGACACACUUCCAAUUUAUGAGCCUGGUCUUGAUGAUGUUGUCAAGCAGUGCCGAGGCAAGAACCUAUUCUUCAGCACCAAGGUGGAUGAGAGCGUGAUGGAAGCUGAUAUAGUGUUUGUCUCUGUCAACACCCCAACCAAAACAACGGGUCUUGGAGCAGGCAAAGCAGCCGAUCUGACUUAUUGGGAGAGUGCUGCUCGAAUGAUUGCUCGUGUAUCAAAGUCCAGCAAAAUUGUUGUUGAGAAAUCGACAGUCCCAGUCAAAACAGCUGAGGCAAUAGAAAAGAUUUUGACCCACAACAACAAAUCAGAAAUCCAAUUCCAAAUUCUCUCAAACCCAGAAUUUCUUGCUGAGGGAACUGCAAUCGAAGACCUUUUUCACCCGGAUCGUGUCCUCAUUGGUGGCAGGGAGACCCCUGAAGGCCAGAAGGCUGUCCAAGCAUUGAAGGAUGUUUAUGCUCAGUGGGUGCCUGAAGACAAAAUCCUCACCACCAAUCUUUGGUCUGCAGAGCUCUCCAAGCUUGCUGCCAACGCAUUCUUGGCCCAGAGAAUUUCAUCUGUCAAUGCCAUGUCUGCUCUUUGUGAGGCUACAGGGGCCAAUGUUGCACAAGUGUCAUAUGCUGUUGGCAAGGAUAGUAGGAUAGGACCAAAGUUCCUUAAUGGUAGUGUUGGUUUUGGUGGAUCUUGCUUCCAGAAGGAUAUCCUGAAUCUGGUUUACAUCUGCGAAUGCAAUGGCCUUCCAGAGGUGGCAGAGUACUGGAAACAGGUCAUUAAGAUCAAUGAUUAUCAGAAGAGCCGUUUUGUGAACCGUGUUGUUGCUUCCAUGUUUAACACAGUGUCCAAGAAGAAGAUUGCCAUUCUUGGUUUUGCCUUCAAGAAAGAUACUGGUGACACUAGGGAGACCCCCGCUAUUGAUGUGUGCCAGGGGUUGUUGGGUGACAACGCCGACCUGAGCAUAUAUGACCCACAGGUUACUGAAGACCAGAUCAAGAUGGAUCUCACAUCGAAGAAAUUUGACUGGGACCAUCCUCUUCACCUACGGCCGAUGAGUGAUACCACUACCCUUGAGAAGGUUCGUGUGGUCAAGGAUGCCUAUGAGGCAGCAAAGGAUUCCCAUGGUGUUUGCAUUCUGACCGAAUGGGAUGAGUUUAAGACUCUUGAUUACCAGAAGAUCUACGAGGGUAUGCAGAAACCGGCAUUCAUAUUUGAUGGAAGGAACGUGGUUGAUGCCAAUAAAUUGCGUGAGAUUGGUUUUAUUGUUUACUCAAUUGGAAAGCCCCUGGAUGCAUGGCUGAAUGACAUGCCUGCUGUGGCAUAAAAAUAACGGAGUUUGAGUGCUUUCAAGGUCGAAGAUCACAGUUAGUUCGAUUCUUUUCUAUAUUUUUCAUGGACUUUUGUACUUUCUUUCCUCCAUAUAUUGGUCAGGAUAUUUGGUAUAAUUUUUGUUGAAGUAACAGGCCCUUGUUUUGCCUGGCAUGAAGUUAUUAUACCUGUUUUGUUACUUUUCUAUUACACAGGAUUGUUAAUUGCUUAUAAUAUGUUUUAGUUUUGCUGUAAGCAUUUGAAUUUUGA